UCUCAUAUUCCUAUCUAUUAAACAUCAUUCAGAAAUAAAAUUAGUUAAUUAUGCAAGAAAUAGCAGUUAUAUCUUCAAUGUAUGGCAAUUAUUACCCACUAAUUUCCGCCCUAAUUGCUUUUGCAAUUGCUCAAUCCAUAAAAUUAAUCACCGUUUGGUAUAAUGAAAAAAGAUGGGAUUUAAUGCAAUUAGUUGGAUCAGGUGGAAUGCCAUCUUCACAUUCAGCAACCGUAACCCAUCCUCUCGUUAAAACUCCGCCGCGACCGCUUCGUGAACUUCUUGGUCAUACUCCGCCGCAAGUCGUUGCCGGUGGUUUACUCGGAAUCGUAACCGCAACUAUUUCUCUCUGCACUAUGGAUGUAAAGUUGUUCCCAUCAAGUGGUCCUGAUAAAUUGCAAUACGACAUACUCAAUUCUUGCAAGUCAUGGAGUGAUGAAAAAUCAUUGCACCAUUUUUGUCCAUGA